AUGAAGGUGCCGGACCUGAGGGCGCGGCUGCUCUUCGUGUUCGCGAUGCUGGUGAUAUUCCGCUUCCUGGCCCAGGUGCCUGUGCCCGGCGUGGAGCGGGAGGCUCUGGCGGACUUCUUCCGCCAGAACGACCUCUUCGGUUUCUUGGACGUCUUCAGCGGUGGCGCUCUCCGAAGUCUGAGCGUAGUAGCGCUGGGGGUAUUUCCCUACAUUACCUCCUCCAUCAUUAUGCAGCUUAUGGUGCCCGUUUUCCCGCAGCUGAAGGAGCUCAGCCGCGAGGGGGAAGCCGGCCGCCAGAAGAUAAACCAGAUUACCCACUACCUGAUGGUGCCCAUAGCGGCACUGCAGGGCUUCGGGCAGUUGACGCUUCUCCAGCGCGGAGGAGCCAUCAGUGGGGUCGGCACGUCCGGCAGCGAGCUGCUGCCCACAAUCGCUAUAAUACUCUCGCUGGUGGCAGGUUCGGUGUUUCUGGUGUGGAUAGGGGAGUUGAUAACCGAAAAGGGCAUUGGCAACGGCAUAUCGAUGAUCAUCUUCGCGGGCAUAGUAGCCACGUUCCCACAGAUGAUAGGGCAGGGCUUCCUGGAGAGAGACAACAUCUUCGGGCUGGGCAUCCUGGUUAUCAUCGGGGUUCUGAUGGUGGCCCUGAUAGUGAUGUUCACCGAGGCGGAGCGGCGCAUACCGGUGCAGUACGGACGAGCGAUAUUCCGCGGCGGGCGGAUGUACCGGCAGGGCGGUUCAACGCACCUGCCCAUCAAGGUGAAUUCCGCCGGGAUGAUUCCGUUGAUUUUCGCCUUCUCCAUCAUGAUAUUCCCUGGGGUGGUGGCCAGCUACUUCAUCGACCCUGCGAGCACCUCCAUCAUCAGUCGGGGGGCGCUCUUUGUGCAGGGCCUCUUUGACCCCACCAAGUUCUUCUACUACUUCUUCAGCUUCAUACUGGUGGUGGCCUUCACCUUCUUCUACGCGAUCAUAGUCUUCAGGCAGCAGAACCUGGCCGAGAGCCUGCAGCGCAACGGGGGGUUCAUACCGGGCAUAAGGCCGGGCCACUCAACGGAGGAGUACCUGAACCGAAUCAUCGUGCGAGUGACUUGGGGAGGCGCCCUUUUCCUGGGGCUGGUGGCGGUGAUACCCUUCAUUGUCACAAUCCUUACCGAUAUACGCGCCCUUCAGCUUCCGUCAAUAAGCCUGCUGAUUAUGGUGGGUGUGGCCCUGGAUACCAUGAGGCAGCUUGAGGCGCAGCUCCUUAUGAGAAACUAUGAAGGAUUUAUCCGUUAG